AAAAAGGGAACUUCCCUUAAUCACGAUCACAACGACGCUUGCUUUAACAUGUGAAAGAGUGCACAACGGUGGCAAGGCGAUCUCUACUUUCAGCUUCGAUUAUUGGUCGAGGAUAUAAAAUUAGUUGCAGUCAUGACAAGGUUUGCAAGAGGAGGCUCCGAGAAUAGCAAACGCCCACUAGAUGCCACACCAUGGAGAGACAUGAAAGGUCAAAGUUCACAGGGCCAUCAGACACAUAAACAAAAUGUGAAAGACUAUAAACACAAGACAAGUUAUACGAAGGACAAAGGUCAAGGAGAAGUGGAGAAAGGGCUAAUGUUAACUCUGAAAAAAGAGACCAGAAGAGAAGACAGAAGAGUAAAGAGGAUAGAUAAACGAAAAGAGGAAAAGGUGUGUUACAACUGUCGUAGCGCUGGUCAUGCAAUGUCCGAGUGUCCAGAGGCCAAGAAAGAUAUCGAACAAGGGACAGGUAUCUGUUUUAAGUGCGGGUCUACAGAACAUGCUUCCAGCAAGUGUCGACUCAAACUUCCUGCAGGCAAGUUCCCCUACGCCAAGUGUUUCAUAUGUGGAGAAAUGGGUCAUCUGUCAAAACAGUGCCCAGAUAACCCAAGGGGAUUGUAUCCUAUGGGUGGAUGUUGUAAGAUCUGCGAGUCUGUUGAACAUUACGAGAGAGAUUGUCCUAACAGAACGGAACAGUCAGAUGAGGACAGAAAAGACUUCCUGCUGACAUGGAAGCCUGGCACUAGUGCAGACGAGGAAGUAUCAACCCUGCACAGACCUGCUCCCCCUCUAAAGAAAAAAACAGGACCAAAACUCGUCAAGUUUUAAUGUUAGAUUUGUUAUCGAUUAAAAUGUUUAACUUAAGAACUG